AUGGCUGCCUACCAUGUUCGCUCCAACAGUUUGCCUUCUAGACCACAUCCUUUCCUUCCAGAGCUUGAAGAGAAUUUGUGCAGAAUAAAAGCUUCCGAAGGUGCAUCUUCAUCUUCAUCAUCAAUAAGUCACAAUCUAAAUGACCUUCAAGAUUUGCAUGAUUGUGUUGAGAAGUUGCUUCUCUUGCCUCUCACCCAAAGAACAUUGUUACAAGAGCAGAAAGCGAAAUGGGUCGACGCCUUGCUUGAUGGAUCUAUGGGGCUCUUGGACAUCUGCAGCACUGCUAAAGAUGCCUUGCUCCAAGCAAAGGAAUGCACUCUAGAACUUCUUUCAACCAUUCGAAGAAAAUCUGGAGUUGAAACCGAGGUUAAGAAAAUAUUAGCAUCAAGGAAGGCGGCUAAGAAGACAAUCCGCAAGGCCAUGGGGAGCUUGAAGAGCAUGCAAAAGCAAUUCAAACCUUCUCCCUUGAACAAAGACAAGGAUACAAUAACUGUGGUUACCAUGUUAAAAGAAGUGGAAGCAGUUACUCUCAAUGUUUUCGAGUCAUUGUUGCUCUUUAUCUCAGGCUCAAAGUCACAAUUGAAGCCAAGUGGAUGGUUAUUAGUUUCCAAAUUGAUGCACCAGAAAAAAACAGCAAGCAAUGAAGAGGAAGCAGAUGAAAAUGAAUUUGCCAUGGUGGACUGUGCAUUGCAAUCUCUUUGUGAUCACAAGAUAAGCAAAUCUGUUGAGAAUAUGCAAGAGCAACUGAGGGAUUUGGAGUUGUGUAUUCAAGAUCUUGAAGAAGGACUUGAGUGCUUGUAUAGAAGAUUAAUCAAGACUAGAGUCACCCUUCUCAAUGUACUGAAUCACUAG